CCCUUUGACACGGCAUGGUCUUUCUCCCACCGAAAAAAAUAAUAAUGAGAGAGAAACAAAAGCAAAAGUACUAAGCUGGGUCAGGUCUCAGGUGGGAGUUGGUAAAACGUUUGAAAGAGAGGGAACAAUCAUCAAGAACACACAGAGAGUUGAGAGAGAUACGCAAUGGAGAAAGUGAAUCAAACAUUUUAUUUAUCGCAUGGAUCUCCCAGGUUGAGCAUAGAUGACACUUUGGAGGCAAGACAGUUCUUCAAGUCAUGGUCCGAAAAAGUUCUUCAACAUAAACCCAAAUCGAUCUUGAUAAUCUCCGCACACUGGGACACCGAGUUUCCAACUGUCAACACUGUUCUCCGCAACUCCACCAUCUACGAUUUUAAUGGUUUCCCUGAUCCCAUUUACAAGCUGAAGUAUGAAGCACCAGGAGCUAUUGAACUGGGGAAAAAGGUUAAAGAAUUGCUAAUGGGGGCAGGAGGAAUGAAGCGUGUUGAUGAAGAUACAGAGAGAGGACUUGAUCAUGGAGCUUGGGUUCCUCUUAUGUUGAUGUAUCCAGAGGCGGAUAUACCUGUUUGUCAACUCUCUGUUCAGUCAUCUCAAAGUGGGACUUACCAUUACAACAUGGGCAAAGCAUUGGCUCCACUGAAAGAAGAAGGUGUUCUUAUCAUUGGAUCUGGAAGUGCCACUCAUAACUUGAAGAAGCUUGAAUUUAGCAUCCCUAAUGGCUCACCGGUUCCUUGGGCUUUGGAGUUUGAUCAUUGGCUCAGAGAUUCUCUCCUUCAAGGAAGAUAUGGAGAUGUGAAUGAGUGGGAAAAGAAAGCUCCAAAUGCGAAAAUGGCGCAUCCAUGGCCAGAGCAUUUCUACCCAUUACACGUUGCAAUGGGUGCAGCAGGUGAUGCUGCAAAGGCGGCGCAAAUCCACACUAGCUGGCAAUUUGGUACUGUAUCUUAUUCUUCUUAUAGCUUCACCUCUUCCCCUUGAAACAUUUCAUCUCUAUCUCCUUGACUUGUUGUGUAUCUACUUUAAUGUAAGCCUUGUGUAUUUCACCUAUCUCUAAUAAUGCCAAUCCUUCCUUGUGCGAAAAUUCAAACUCCUCUUUGUGAAUUGCAAUGACAAGAAAACAACAUUUUAGAUUGGUUUCUGUAUAUAAUGGGACUGUAUUAAAGUGGCUGAAAUGUUGUUUAUGAUUGAAUAA